AUCACCGUUCUCCAGCUAUCAACCAUCAAGAUCGCCGUGGUGUUGGCCAUUGUAUUGAUCACUUCGUCAACGUCGUCAGUCGACUCUCCAACGAUUACUCCCUGUCCUCAUGUGGCUCAGACGGCUCCUUGGGCAUUCAGAGGGUCAGAUGGAAGCGCAAUGGUAAGAACUGGGCUCGAGGAUUUGAGAUCCGUCAUCCAGAAACAGAAGCGAGAAGAGCCAAGGCGAUGGACUGGAACCGCCACGAGAAGAACACACAAGUUACUGGAAGACGGCGCAUUGGUUUGAGGUAAUUGGGAGGGUGCCGUGCGACCCAGCCAUCUCAAAAGAAAACGUAUACAACAUGGACAAGACAGGCAUCAUGCUACUGAUGCUAGGCUCCGCGAAGGUGCUCGUGGGCAAGGAUGACAUGCAAGACUACAGAGGUGCGCGCGCAAAGCGUACGAUGGUGACCGCUAUCAAGUGCAUCAGCGGCAAUGGUGAGUAUCUCACCUCAGUAAUCAUCUGGCCCGCUACCACUCACUGAAGCAACUGGACUACGUUCCACACCCCUGGAUGCCAGUGUGCGUGCUCAGAGUUUGGGUACACCGACUCCUUCAUCAGCUUGCGAUGACUCAAGCGUAUCUUUGACCCUGAGACUAGGGAGCGAAUGGAGAGCUCCAGUAGCGCGAAUUUACUAGGAGAUGGCACGCCACUUUGUGUAGAGCGAGAAGUGGAGCCUGUGUUGGCGUAGGCUAGACUGCCCUUCUGUGGCUGGGCAGUAUCAACGCGGUGGAGUCGUUUGAAGUGCAUUUUGUAGGGUUCGUCUUUGUCAGAGGCACGCUCGCAUCAAUGACAAGGGUAGGCAAUGACAAGGGUAGGCAGACUCAAGAAUAGGGGCAGUUGCGAUUCAGUGGGUGCAAAGCGUGUAAACACAGUCUUGUACAUGGUGUGCGC